AUGUGGGCAGAGUGCAGUGCAGAGUUUGCUAAAAUAGCCAUGGAACUUUCAUCAAUUGACACUCCAGUCCUGGUCAGCGCUUGUCUCCUGGUCCUGGCCUUCCUGAUUGGGUGUUCUAGAGGACGGGACACCUGGAUCUUUGUGGACUUUCUGGCUACUUCUGCAUUUGGUCUUGGCUGGUACUUCAUCCCUGACAUCAUCUUAGGAUUCCAGGUUGGUUGUCCCCCCGAUGGCACUCAUCUGACAUAUACUCGAGCCUUUGCUGCUUGUAUGAUUGGUGAUGCUGUAUCCCGGUAUUUCCUCCGAUGUUCUAAAGAUGCUUCUACACUUGUCUACCUCCUCUUCUCACGCAUAGUGGGCUGCUCUGUUCUCAUUAUUUCCAUGAUCUACAUUCAAUACUUCGGUGGAAGUGCUUGGAACCAAAAUCACAUCUUCUUCGGCAUGCUGGGCAACAUGCUAUGGAUGAUGGGAAGUGUCGUCUACUACUACCAGUCCCGCUACUCCGGUGGCCACGCCCAGCUUGAAAGCCGUCUUAACAUGCACCUCCGCCUGGAUGGAUUCCUUACUCUGUUGAUCGGAUGCUCUUGCUAUGCCUUCCCCGAUUUCUAUUUGAAAAUGCAGACCACCCUUGAGACCUACGACGGAGCCCACCUUCACAUGGUUAGAUCCACUGGAGCUCUCCUCAUUGGGUCUUCUAUGCUGAGCUUUGUGGCUCCAGGAUUUCUAUUCGACUGGGACAAGAGGGCGCUCUUCACGGGCCGUAUUGUGAAAGUAUUUGUGACUGUCCUUGCUGUUCUCUACGCCGCUGCCAAGUACGAUGCGUGGGGAGGCAAUCUCCAUCUCUACCUCCUCAUGGAGAUCAUCAUCAUAUUGAACUCGUUGCUAGGUUACUACGCCCCCCAUGAGACAGAACGCUACAAGAGCAAUUAAGGAGAUAUCCCAAUGACACCGGAAGCACCUACACCUGUACACAAGGUGCAAAUGAGUCUAAGGGUUUUUGGCGAUGCAGCAAAUUCUGAAAAGUGGAUUAAGUUAGACCUAGGGGCUGUUUCAUAAAGAGUUACAACUGUUGAAACAUUGCCAUAAUGGCAAUUACCAUGGCAACAGGGCUCAGGAGC